AUGCCCCCAAGAAUCCCAAAUGCCGGCGGUCUACACCCACAAACACCCGGAGUAGUACUAGCAGGCCUUCCUACUCCCAUCCAUCAGCAACAACCAACCCCGGCAGUUCCACAACCAGCUGCUCCCCAAGCUACUAUCCAGCAGCCUGCUCCUGCAGUCCAACAACAAUCAGUUCCAGUGGCUCUUCAACUGGUGCCGCAACAACCAAAUGUGCAGCAAGCAUAUCCUCAGCAACUCAUCCCAGCGCAACAAGGAAAUCAGAUACAAGCCCCCUUCCCACAACUCAUCCCUAUUCCUCCCACUACCCCACAAAACAUCCCUCCAGCCCCUCUCCCUCAAUACCCUCAACUCCAACUCCAACUCCAACCCACACCCAUCGCCAUCGUCGCACCACCUCUCACCCUCACCCUCCAACACUCACCGGGCCUCAUCACUCUCACCGACCUCCUCACCGCCCUCACUUUCUCCAAAUCUAACGCUACCCCUCAUCGCCUAGACCCUCGCAGCGCAGCUAUCGCAGCCGUGAACGGGUAUAUUGCGCAAGGUGGGAUAGCGUAUGUACUUUGUGCUGAGGGGUUGACGUGUUUGGUUAGUGAUCAGGGCGUCUUGGGGGUUAUUGAUGUGUGGGUUCGGGCGGGGAUGCCUGGUAGGGCAGGGGUGGUUGGGGGAAAGGGAAGUGGGGAGGGGAAUGGAGGGUGUAGUGAGUGUGAGAGGGAGAGAAUGGGAGGAGGAGGGAGUGGUGGGUGUAAAGAGUGUGAGAGGGAGAGGGGUGGGUGUCGAGAUUGUGGGGGUUGUAGAGAGUGUGAUAGGGAAGAGGAGAGGGAGAGGAGGAGGGAAAGGAGCAGAGAUAGACGGGAGAGGAGGAGGCGGUAG